AUGUUUGCACGGAGAACAUCGAGUGAAGCUAUUCUCGUGCUGUUUUACCUGUUUUUUGUUUGUUCCACUGGAGCUGGGGGUGAGGGUGGGGCUGACACCAUCAAUUUACGAGGGCUUUCCAGUCUUGAAUGGGGCCACCACUUGGUGCGCGGGGAAAAAGACCCAUUAUUACCCGAAAAUUACACGUACGUGCAUCUCCGUGGGAAGCGGUUCGUGUCUCUACCGAAUGCUGAUCGAAAGUUGAAUAAACCUUAUCAGGCGUGCAUUGCGCCGGGAGAUAAGAAGGGACACUGCAGGCACUUGGAUCAGUGUGUCUUGAGGGACUUUCAGAGAAAUUUCACGCGAUUUCUUGAUUACAUUUGCAUUAUAGAACAUUCGUACGUUGGCGCCUGUUGUCCGGACAGUGCUAAAGAGGUUGUACAAACCAACUCGGCUGCCUCGGAGAACCUCGUCGGAUUUCUGCCAGCAGUUGCAGAUGUUGAUGAGCGGCCCAUUUGGGAUACUGUGCCCCAACCGAGUCCGAAUGGGACGAAAUCGGAGGACUCGGGGGAGAGGAAGCCGAGGGGACCCAGAGGAUGCGGCAUGAGCGAAAAGAGUUCUACGAGAAUUGUGGGUGGAAGACCCGCCGGUGCGCGCGAGUGGCCUUGGAUGGUUGCUCUCAUUCGCACUGAUACUGAUCAUUACUGCGGAGGGGUGCUAAUUACUGACAGGCAUGUUCUCACUGCCGCUCACUGCGUCCACGGCAUACGCCAGAAGGACAUUAUCGUCCGACUAGGAGAAUACGAUUUCUCAAAGCCGGACGAAACCCGCGCCCUAGACUUCGGAAUCCUCGAAAUACGAAAGCAUCCGGAUUUCGAUGCAUCGACUUACGAUAAUGACAUUGCGAUCAUCAAACUCCACAGGCCGACAAUAUUCAACACCUACAUCUGGCCGAUUUGUCUGCCGCCAACGGGUUUCUCUGUCGAGAACAAGAGUGGCAUAGUCGCAGGCUGGGGCACUCAGUACUACGGAGGUCCAGCGAGUUCAAUCCUAAUGGAAGUGUCGGUGCCCGUGUGGCCCCACGAUCUGUGCAAAAGAACAAUGACACCCAAAGUGUCGCGCAAUACCCUGUGUGCGGGUGCCUACCAAGGCGGACGAGAUUCAUGUCAAGGUGAUUCAGGUGGGCCACUCCUCCAUCAGCUGGCCAAUGGACGCUGGAUAAACAUAGGAAUAGUCUCAUGGGGCAUACGCUGCGGUGAGCCAGGGCAUCCAGGUAUCUACACACGUGUCAGCUCCUACCUCGACUGGAUUUUCGCAAACGCCGUCUUCUAAACUCCCUCCACAAACUCCGAGACAUUCAAAAACAAUCAAACUUUAUUCUGAUAUAUUGAUUGGUACAUUAAAAGAAGUUUCUCCAAUUUAAGUCUCUGUCUUGAG